CGAUGCUGAAGUUGGGUAACAUUUAACUCAAUCAAAAGCAAUGACAAGGCAUACAAAGCAACGUUGUUUUUAAUAGUUUUGAGGGUCUUUGUUUAGUAUUCCCCUCGCUAGAACGUGUUAGCUGUUAGCUAACCGGUUUGGCUGCUUUAAGGUUAAACAUCGGUUAGGGAAGUUACCUUGACCUGCUAGUUAACAGUUGUUAAUCAAUUCAUAGAAACUUCUAUGACUUUGUGGGUUGAAAAACAAGUUAACUUAAACAUCUGCCGCCUGUGCAGAUGCCUCGUUCAGAAAAGUCAAACGGAAGAGGGACAAAAAGACUGAAAUUGGACUGGACGUUUGUUCAGAGGUUCUGCAGCAUCCAGAGGGUCCUGUUCCCAUCAUGGACCAGUCAAAGCGCUCUCAUGUUUGCCACGCUGCUCGCUGUCACUCUGACAGAGCAGCUGAUCAUUUACCAGGUGGGAGUCCUCCCCAGCCGCUUCUACAAUGUGCUCGCAGACAAAGAUAACUCCGGCUUCAAGAGUCUGGUGGGCACCGCCUUGAUGCUCAUCGUGAUCAACUCCACAUUGAAAAGUGUCGACCAGUACAUUUGUAACCUGAUGUAUUUGAGCUGGAGGAGGACGCUGACUGAGAGCCUCCAUACGUCCUACUUCCAGGGCCGAGUCUAUUACACACUCAAUGUCCUCCGAGAGGAUAUAGACAACCCAGACCAGCGGAUCAGUCAGGAUGCAGAGCGGCUGUGUAAGCAGAUGAGCACCAUGGCCAGUCGCUUGAUUGUGUCACCGUUCACACUGACCUACUACACCUACCACUGCUUCCUUAGCACCGGCUGGAUCGGUCCUGUGAGUAUCUUUGGCUACUUUGUGGUUGGAACCAUUGCCAAUAAAAUCCUCAUGGGGCCGAUUGUGUCGACUCUGUUUGAGCAAGAAAAACUGGAGGGGGACUUCAGGUUCAAACACAUGCAGAUCCGUGUCAAUGCAGAGUCUGCAGCGUUUUACAGAGCGGGUAAAGUGGAGCACAUGAGGACAGACCGCAGACUGCAGGCUCUGCUAGAAACUCAGAAGAGUUUAAUAAACAAGGAGCUCUGGCUUUAUAUCGGGGUAAACACCUUCGACUACCUCGGAGGCUUCCUCAGCUACAUCAUAAUCGCCAUUCCCAUCUUCACCGGCCUCUAUAACGGUCUCACUCCUGGAGAGCUCAGCGCACUCAUCAGUAAGAACGCCUUUGUGUGCAUCUACCUGAUAAAUGGCUUCACGCAGCUAAUAGACCUGUCCACCACUCUGACAGACGUGGCUGGAUACACCCACAGGAUUGGGGAGCUGAGGGAGGUGAUGGACGACAUACUUCGCACGCAGUGUGACUAUGACCCGGCAUCAGGGGAGAGCUACGACUUUGACAGUGACUUCAACGUCCACGCAGGCCCUGUGGACACCGCCUUCAUCCUAGAACACCUUUCGUACAAAUCUCCGUUCUCGGACAAGCUGCUGGUGGAGGACCUAAGUCUGAAAAUCAGCCAGGGAUCAAACCUGCUGGUGGUGGGGAACACAGGCACCGGGAAGACGUCACUCCUGAGGGUCCUCAACCGACUCUGGGAGGCAGAGAGCGGUUUUGUCCAGAUGACCACGUGUUUCGGGCCCAGAGGAACCCUCUUCCUGCCUCAGAAACCGUACCUCACCGAUGGCACGCUGCGGGAACAGGUCAUCUACCCGUUGAAAGAUAUUUACCCUGCAUCAGGGUUAGUGGACGAUGACAGAAUCAUACAAUUCUUGGAACUUGCUGGAGUGUCCAGUCUCGUGGAGCGGACCGGCGGGCUCGAUGCACAGGUGGACUGGAACUGGUAUGAUAGUCUGUCUCCGGGGGAAAUGCAGCGUCUUUGCUUUGCCCGACUCUUCUACCUGCAGCCAAAAUAUGCAGUGUUGGAUGAGGCCACCAGUGCUCUGACGGAGGAGGCAGAGGCUCAGCUGUACCGCACCUGUAAACAGCUCGGCAUGACUCUGAUCAGUCUGGGGCACCGCAGCAGCCUGGAGAAGUACCAUGAUGUCCAGCUGAAACUAUGUGGAGGAGGCCAGUGGGAGAUAACCAAGCUAAAGGGAGGCAGUGGGAUUCUCAGAGAAGAAGCUCUGUGACAUGCAGAGCCAUCUUCUUCAGUGUGGGAGACAAGGACAGACACACUCCUGAAUUCCUGUUCACACACUCGCAUUCUUUGAUGUAAGGUCCUUUGUAAACCAAAUCCUGCAGUGGAGGUGGAACACUGGGCUCUUCCAGUUUCGGUUUACUCAUGGGUCAUUGAGGCAGAGCUCAACCCAAAUGUUCUGGACCCAAAAAGGUUUCGGGGUAGGAACGCUCUGAGUGAAUUCACAUAUCAUGAAAACACACGAGGAAAGAAAAAAGACACUUUAUACUCAGUUCAUCUUGUGUG